AUGACGCCUAGUGGGAGAGGAUUUGCGAGGUUCUUUGGCAGCUACGAUGAUGCCUCGGACUACGUGAAUCAUUGCGACGUCAAUGGCCAUUACGACCUGCAUUACGAGGAGACAGAACCCUUCGAAGCCAACUCCACCUGGCAGUUCACCAGGCCGUAUCACUACUAUCCCUCCGGGCCAGAGAUGGUGGGCAAGCAUGCAAACACCAUCUUCCAAGAAAAGGCUCAGCAGUUUAUUCACGAGCACCAGGCGAGAUAUGGUAUCGAUGGGACUCCGAUGUUCUUGUACUUCGCGCCGAUGAGUUUCCAAGAGCCUUUGCAGGCACCAAAGUGGACCGCCGAGAACUGCACGGUCGCAGGAGGCUUUAGCUCCGCACCAAAUGCCAACCGUCAGACGUUGUGCCGAAUGGCCAUCGCGUUGGACAAGACCAUUGAGCAGAUCGCAGAUUCUCUCGCAGGUGCCUCCCGAGAAUGGGUGAUGAUCAUUGCCAGUGAUAGCGGAGGUUCCGCAGCACGGAAGGGCUCCGGCGGCAGCAACUGGCCUUUGCGCGGCAGCAAAGGCGAGGUUUGGGAAGGUGGCAUGAGGACCAAGGCCUUGGUCACGGGGUCUUUCGUGGAGCUUCGGAACGCUCAGAGUAAGGGACAUACGUACAGUGGUUUGGUCCACUUAGUGGAUUGGCACACCAUGAUCCUCCACCUGGCGCAUGCGAGCGGUUUGCGGCCAGCGAUGCCCGAAGACCCCGACGGGCUCCAGUUUUGGGAAGAACUCUUGACGAACACCCCAUCACCGCGCAGAGAGUUCAUCUCCAACGUGACUGGCUUCGCGGCACUCCGUUCUGGUGACUACAAGCUUGUGAAGGCUCCAGAUGGAGGCAAGAGCCCUUGGACCGGUGAGAACCAAGGCUUUCGAUGGCCAGUGCGUGACAUCGAAAAUAACGAGUAUUUGUCGGUCUUCGAUGUGAACCCCUCGGGAUCCAAAUGGACCAAAGCCGAGCAUUGGAAGCUUUACAACAUCAGGAGCGACCCCGGUGAAGAGGUGGACUUGGCUCAAAGCUUCCCCGAAGAGGUGAAGCGCCUGGAGGAGCGAUAUCAAAGCCUGCUGGAGCAGGGGCGCAAAAGUUCUGGGAACGACAUGCUGAAAUGUGCGGAGGGCGCCUGUGCCGACAUCGCUGGCAAGGUGCGUCAUGCGAGCACAUGCCAAAGACGUGCAGCUCAAUCACUGUCGCAUUCAGGAACCGGCCUAUCCCUGGUGGGACGAGGCGCUGGAGCUUGCCGCAAGGCCCUUCGACAGCGAUGUGACGGGCCUGACGGGGACGGGCCUCGACUGAGCGAUGCAGCGGGCAGCUGCUUGAUGCAGCUGUAG